AUGUCUUUCGGUGUCGGGUGCAGCGACGUCGUCGCCGGCAUCAGAAUUGCUAAGACCAUCUAUGAAAUUAUUUGCGUCCAAGAGAAUCGGGCAGAUUAUCGUCUCAGAAACUUCGUCAAAGAGAUACAAGACUUCCGGAAGCUCCUCGAAAAGCUCGGGACAUCGCUCAACGAUGCAGCCGCACGUUACGACAAUGGCGUCCUCGCGUCUCAGCAGGGUGCUCAUGACCCUCGCUCAGAUGACUUUGAGAAAGAGCGCCGUCAGAUGGUUGGCAACUUCGAAGAGACUCUCGACGAGUGUCAAGAAUUUCUCAAAGACCACAAGAAGUUGCUGUCGAAGUCGAGCAACUUUGUCGAGAAUGCCGCUUGGCAUGUAACACAACAAGACCAGAAGAUUGAGGCCCUUCGGCACCGCAUUCAUAUGCAUGCAACCAAGAUCAAACUUGUCAUUGACAGGUUGAGCAUCAAUCUCCUGACCAACCUUGAUGCUAAGGUUGAUGACCUGCUCGACAUCUCGAAGAGGAACAUUGCCCUGAGCACAGACAUCCAAUCAGAGAUUCGAGAGUUCUAUGCCCAUUGGCUUGGAGCCCUGGCCGGCCAUGCGCCACCCAGUUCGUUGGGAUCCCGGGAUACGCAUCACGCCAGCGAGGCAAUUCAAGCCAGGUUUGAGCAAGCAGCGACAGUCUCGGCUCCCGCUUCUAAUGACGGAGAAAUCCUCCUCAGCAAAGCGUUCGACGCUCUGCUUAUCCACUUCGAGCAGAGCGCUGAAGGAAAGGAGCAAACACCGGAGAAAUACUUGUCUCUUUUGAAAACGCGCUGGCUUCUGGGUUGGAUCAAGGGCAGCCGGGGCUACCUCAACGCGUGUCCUGGCUUUUACUACCAACGUGCCGUCAGUCAGGUAGAGCAAGCUAUACUUCUUCGAGUGAGGGGCACCGAGAUCAUAUCGUACAGUGAUGAAGAACUAAUGGACCUUCCCGACUCGUUGUUCUUGGUCUGGCCUCCCCCGAGGGAGGAGGAAAGUGCAUCACAGCUGGAUCCCACAUUGGCAAGAGCCAACGAACAAGAGCUAUUGAGACUCUUACUCGAUUCGACCAACCCCCAAUCCUCGGAAUCUUUGACGGUCUUCCGUCAGUCGACGAACAAUUUUCGCAUUGUGCUUGAGACGACCAUGCCGGACGGCCGCAAUGUCAUUGUCCCUCAGACAGUAUACACCGGAGAAGACAGGCUCAUCCCACGUUAUGCUCUGCCCACCAUGAAAAGGCCAUGCUUCGAGCUGGCAGUAUUUUGGCGGAACGAAGAGACCUUGUACAGGUUCAAGUCCAUGGAUGAUGUUUUCGCCUUUCAAACAGCCUUGACCGGAUACGCUGUCUCACAUGACCAGUCCAACAUCACCUGCCAGUUUCACAAAGACGCCGCUGACCUGGACUGCAGAGCGCGCAUCCAGCUUUGGCAAGAACCUAUUACAUUGCCUUCACCGCCCGACUCCUUGGCGGCAGGCUCGCCUGUGGAAUCUUCCAGCACUCACAGCCCAUACUCGCCCCAGAGUAGCUUUGUGGAAUCCAUUGGGCCAAGCACAACCAUCAGUCGUGUAGGCGACGGCUGGGAAGCAGACAACAUCAAGUCCUCGGCAGUAGUAAUGUUUACUCGGCUGGCCGACAAGCGCGGAAAACAAACGUUCGCGAUCAUGUACGUCGAGCUCGAUACCAGCAUUCGCAUCGAUCUAAAGAGAUGCAACUGUCAUCGAAAUUAUGACAAUUGUCUUUCCUUAUGUCUGUCUCGCUCGGAUGACAAGGUUUUCCCCGUACGCAUCUUGCGCACUGGACCUGAUCGGCAAGGAACUCCUGACCCCAACACCUUCGAUCUCCUACCGUUUCAACUGCCACGAGGUGCUCAGUCCCCCAAGCUCGUAGUCAAGCGGUCAACCUAUCUUCUCUUGCAAUUCCUGACUCUCGCCGAGAAGAGAGAAUUCCACCAGGAGCUGCUACUGAGAUUCAAGGUGCGCUCCAAGCAGUUGGCAGACCAAGAGAUGAUGAUGAAGAACUUUCGUCAUCGCGCGAACAGGCCAGUCAGGACGUGCGCAUCCGGUACCGACCCUUUUCCGCCUCGGAGGUCUGUCACGAGCACGACGGCGUUCAGCCAAACCUCGAGUUCUCCUCCGCGGAUUGAACUGGAUCUCGGAACUGAUUUCGAUGUUUGUUUGGUUGGUGACGGCCCUGAAUCUAGCAGUGCUGCCCAGCGUCGAAGAGCGAGGAUGGACAAUGAUGCCGAGCCUGCGCUGGAACAAGAAUUGACGACCAGGCCGGCAGGUCCUAUUCAGCGAAGCAACAACAUGCCGGUGACCAGGAAUAGACAACCAGUAGGUGGUGAGCAUGGUGACAUGACCAGAUCGAGCGUCUCGUCUGCACGGGUCAAUACCAGUAACUCAUCCCAGUCCAGCAAGACGUCGACACGGAGCAAGGUCAAAGAAAGCUUAAUGGGCCGGGUUUUCGAAAGAUGA